AUGGGGGAGAGGCAGGGCCGUCCAACGCCCCUUUUAACCCGCGGACGCACCUUCGGAUGGUCCAGCAACAGCAUCAAACUGAAAAACUGCAGCCACAACGGGCAUGACCUCCUGGCGCAGAGCUCGCUACACAACCCGGAGGAGGCAGCAGCGCCCAACGCUUCCCUCACCACGGUCCACUCUCCUCUUUCACUGGAACUGGAGCCCGUAGUGAAUUAUGGAUCAAGCACGCCCAGUGUUCCAGGUGGCCACACAAAGGAUCCAUCGGUGCACAGCGAGCGCCGCCAGCCCCUCUCCAUCACCACCGGACGUCCUACCGCCGCCCGCCUCACGCACAGCCCAUACCACGCCAAGACUAGUAUGCAGGGAGAUGUGUACAACUUCCUAGAGAGACCUACCGGCCUGAGGUGCUUCCUGUAUCACUUCCUAGUGUUUCUCAUGGUCCUAGUCUGCCUCAUAUUCAGCGUCCUGUCCACGAUCGAGCAGUAUGCCGACUUCGCCACUGGAUCACUCUUCUGGAUGGAGAUCGUGUUGGUGGUGUUUUUCGGAACAGAGUACUUGGUUCGUCUGUGGUCCGCUGGCUGCAGGAGUAAAUACGUGGGCAUCAAAGGCCGCCUGCGAUUCAUCAGAAAACCCAUCUCAAUCAUAGAUUUGAUAGUAGUUGUGGCCUCUGUUGUGGUUCUGAGCGUCGGGUCCAAUGGGCAGGUCUUUGCCACAUCAGCCAUCAGGGGAAUCCGUUUCCUCCAGAUCUUGCGUAUGUUGCAUGUGGAUCGUCAGGGCGGAACGUGGAGACUUCUGGGAUCGGUGGUCUUUAUUCAUCGGCAGGAGCUGAUUACCACGCUCUACAUCGGGUUCCUGGGUCUGAUCUUCUCCUCGUAUUUCGUGUAUCUGGCGGAGAAGGAUGCAGUAGACGAAGAAGGGAAGACGGGCUUCUCCAGCUACGCUGAUGCUCUGUGGUGGGGCGUGGUCACUGUGACUACAAUAGGCUACGGAGACAAAGUUCCUCAGACAUGGAUUGGAAAAGCCAUCGCAUCCUGUUUUAGUGUGUUUGCGAUAUCUUUCUUCGCUCUCCCUGCGGGCAUUCUGGGAUCAGGCUUUGCUCUUAAAGUGCAACAGAAACAGCGACAGAAACAUUUUAACCGUCAGAUUCCCGCCGCAGCCUGUCUCAUACAGACGCUGUGGCGAUGCUAUGCUUGCGAGAGGCCCAAUGGGUGUGCGGCCACUUGGAAGAUGUACGUGCUGACGGGCGACUACAUCCCCAUCAUCAACUCUGAAACCUCCAGUCCGGGAAACUUCCGGCGACUGAGCAAGCGCUAUAAACGGAAGCCGAAGUCGACGCGGGACAACUGUUCUCUGGGUCUCGGAGAAGAGAGAGCGCUCUCCAUCCCGCAAAUCACUUAUGAUCACAUCGAUGAGAAAGACGGAGUCUAUCCAGAAGAGCCCGCAGACCGCCAGCGCUCGUGGUCGGCUUUCACCCUCAGCUGUCCUUCUUCUCCAGUUAAGAAAAAGUUGGAUGGACCCGAGAUCUCGCGAAACAACAGCCUGGUUGAUGAACUCCGCUUCACUGGAGAGGACAUCGCUUUACCUGUAGUUACAGAUGCUCUACAUCGGUUGAGAAGCCCAUUUGUUGCAAAGGAGGAAGAAUCUGUGUCCACUCAGCACCUGAAUUCAUCCAGGCUUUCCCACGCACACAAAUCUGCCAUUAAGGUCAUCAGAAGGAUGCAGUACUUUGUGGCUCGACAGAAAUUUCAGCAAGCAAGGAAACCAUAUGAUGUGCGGGACGUGAUCGAGCAGUAUUCACAGGGCCACCUCAACAUGAUGGUCCGGAUCAAAGAGCUGCAGAGAAGGUUGGAUCACACGUUGGGAAAACCGGGAAUGUUCCUGCCAGAGAAAGGUGUGGAUAAAGAAUAUUAUACGGUGGGAGCCCGACUCAUACGACUGGAAGAUAAGUAUCUUAUUCACAUACACACGGUUAGCCUCAACUCAAUGCUAUCAGAGUCUGAAAAGGAAGCCAGAAUUCGAUUGUCAGAUUUGAGGCUUUUGACUGAUCCUGUGAUUGUAACGUCCCUCAACAGCAGUUCUGAGGUUCCUCCCAUCACUGCAUGUGCUCAUGACCACGGAGGUUGUUCCCCUGUCACUGCCAGAGCUCACGACCACAAAGGUCGUUCCCCCCUCACUGCAUGUGCUCACGACCACAGAGGUCGUUCCCAUCACUGCCAGUCCCUCGACCACGGAGGCCGUUCCCCCAUCCCUGCCUGUGCUCUCAACCACGGAGUGCUCACAACCACAGAGGUCGUUCCCAUCACUGCCAGUCCCUCGACCACGGAGGCCUUUUCCCCCAUCACUGCAUGUGCUCACGACCACGGAGGUCGUUCCCCUGUCACUGCCAGAGCUCACGACCACAAAGGUCGUUCCCCCCUAACUGCCAGUGCUCAUGACCACAGAGGUCGUUGCCAUCACUGCCAGUCCCUCGACCACGGAGGCCGUUCCCCCAUCACUGCAUGUGCUCAUGGCCACGGAGGUCGUUCCCCUGUCACUACCAGUGUUCACAGCCACGGAGGUCAUCCCCCUGUCACUGCCAGAGCUCACGACCACAAAGGUCGUUCCCCUGUCACUGUCAGUGCCCAUGGCCACGGAGGUCAUUACCCCCUCACUGCCAGUGCUCUUGACCACGGAGGUAGUUCCCUGUCACUGCCAGUGCCCACAACCUUGGAGGUCAUUCCCAUGUCACUGCCAGUGUUCACAGUCACGGAGGUCAUCCCCCUGUCACUGCCAGUGCACAUGGCCACGGAGGUCAUUCCCCCCUCAAUGCCAGUACCCAUGGCCACGGAGGUCCUUCCCCCAUUGCUUCCAGUGCUCAUGACCAUGGAGUUCCCUGAGACGUUCGAUAACUCUGUCCAGUUCCCUGUGUCCGUUGACGAUCCUAUCCAGCCACCAGCUACCAGUUUGAUGCUCAGUCCAAUAGCCAGCACCCGUCAGACACCAGUCACCAGUCUGUUGCCAAGCCCAGUCAAGUCACUAAGCCCCAUCAAUUCCAUUUCAAAAGAAGCAUAUGCAAUCUUUCAAAGCUCAUGCUAG